GGGUAUUAAAGAUUAGCUCUGGCCGAAUUAUAUGUUUAUUAUAAAAUGUACUAAGUUUUGUAGUUUAGAGUGGUAUUGCUCGAAUCGAAACAGUGUUGAGAGUACUGUGUAAUGCAACCCUGAUCUAUGUCGUACCUGCUAACGAUCACCCACCCACCUUUUCAGAGGUUAAACAAAGACGGCACAUUAAUAAAAUAGAAAGAGGAGAGAUUUUACAUACCGUCGGAACAUAUGAUUUGGAAACAUUUUCUCCUUAAAGAUGAUCAUAAUUAAAUGUAUUUUAAUUAUUUUGAUCAUUCCAAUUAAUCAUGCUGAUAUUGUACAACAACAACUCAAUCCCUUUACACCGGUCUGGCAGCCACCACCUCCACCUCCUUGCCCAGACGAAUUGCCUUUGCCUCAUCUCCCUCAACUUCAAAUGAGACAUAUAUCUCCACCACAGUACGAUGUCGUGGGAAUUGCUAAACCAUUGAGAAAUUCCACUGAUAUCAAUUUUAUGUUGCCUUUUCUGGAUAUCGAUAUUCAGAUUGAACGCAGUAUACAUGUUAUGCAAAACAGCAAUGAGGGGCAAAGGGAAAUAUUUAUUCUACAUGGUCAUGAAUUGUUUCAGAUGUUCCUAGGGCACAAAGAGAAACGUCUAAGUCUAAUGGCCUAUUUGGAGGGAAGUGUAAAAAUCAUGGAACCAUUAACGGCAGAGAUAAUAUCCCAAAAAGGCCAUUACUUGUUGGUGGUCGCCUUGGACGAGUUUCUGGAGGUAUAUACUAUACGUAGAGAUAUUCUUGAAAAUCGUGCUGAAAUUUUAAAAGAUCCAAGUCGUUAUGUGGGUCCUGCACCUAGAUUUCAACCAUUGCAGCAAAUAACCCUACAUGGAAAAUUGCAAAAAUUAAUACUUACUUCUGUUCCAAAUGAAGGCAUUAUGAUCAUAACUGGAGUAAACUUUUCAAAAGUGCAUGGAAAAAUUAGAACUUUUAAAUGGUCAAAUAAACGCUUCGAUCCCUUGGAAGAAUUGACUUUACCAGCCUUAAGUGUUGUUACACUCAUGGGUUCUGGAAGCAAGCGAUUUCUAAUCACUGGAAAAGUUAUCAAACCUCAAGCUAAAACAAUUUUGAGUAUUUACGAAAUUGAACAAAGUACUCUGCAUCUUAGAAAUAAACAAACUCUUACCGUCGAUUCUCUGCUAGUGCAUUGUCUAACCUUCCAAAAGAGCAAUCUAAUAGUGGCAUGUUCCAGCAAACAAACCAAUUGCAAAUCAUAUCUUCAAUCAUCAGAUGGCAAUUUUGUGGUCUAUAAACAGCGUGCUGCCAAGGAAUUUCUUUUUGAUCAUCUGAAUGCCAAUACACAAUUUAUAAUGGCUUCACAACAGAAUAGAGUCAUGAUAUUUCCUGAUCACAAUUUGGAUAGUUAUGGCAGUUUCGUUUCAGAUAUACCCAGUAUUUCUGCCAUUAUGAGUCACAAUGGUUUGGCUGGGGAAAAUUAUGCAUUGAUGUUCUUUAAAACUCCUUACAGACUUCUAAUACGAGUAGUUGAAAUCGAAUUGGGUACGAAAUAUAGAAAAACCAGGGCAACUGAUGAUGAAGAUUCAUCACUUCUCACACAACAUAAACAGUUGUUAGUGCUAAUGGCCGAGCAAUUGCGAGAAUUUCUGCCCCGUCGUCGUCAAACUCUUCUGGAACAAAUAUUUAAUCCUCAGCCACAGCGACAGACUGAACCCAAUGUUUUAAGACGAAUGGGUGAACUGCUAUUGCCCCAAAAUACGGAUGGGGAAACACAAGAUGAAGUUACUAAUUUGUUCCAUCGAAUGGUAGAUGUUAUAGAACCCGAACCAGACGAAAGAGAUACUUCAAUUGCCAUAAAUCGUGUAUUAAACAGAAUGCUAGACGUCGUCCAACCGCAAGAAAGGCAAGAGGAAACCAAUCUUUUCUCCCUAAGUACUCUGGAGAGCGUGUUCAGUAACAUUGCCAAUGUUAUGACUAGUAAUCAAAAGCGUGAAGUGAAUUCAGACUCUCCGGUGAAUCUGGCUGCUGGAAAAGUGGGUAAAAUUAAGAUAUUAAAUAAAUCCUUGAGAAGUCCCAUGCAAAUAUUAGCCAAAAUCACAGAGCUGAGGGAAAAAUUCUCGGCCAUGCAAAGGGAAAAGCGUUCCCUUAGUGGUAUGCCCCAAGUCAUUAUGAAUCCCAUGAAGCAUAUUAAAGCUCGCAAGCUUAGAGUGAAAAAUUUGAUUUAUUCCGGUGAUAUUAUAGAAGGGCUUUCUUUGGACUCCUCAAAGGCUACACUUACGGCCAAAAGAAAGAUAAAAACCCAAAUUCUCAAUGCUACCGAAAUUGUCUUGCCCUCUAUCAAUCGAACAACUCGUCAAUUUAUUCCUGAUCUUUAUUAUGGCCUUACUCCUUCCAUACGCUCCAAACAUUUAAAUGUGGCUUCGGUGAAUGGUUUCCCAUGGUCUAAGUUCUACGAGUCGGUGUUUUUAAAAAAUCGCGAUACCUCUAUUAGUGGCCGUCUGGUUUUUCAAAAUCAAUUGAAUGUAGACCAUUUGAAAGUUGAGUUUCUCAAUCAUGUCGAGGUUGAUAAACUUUUCAAUUUGCGUACACCUCAGGUGGUUGAUUCGCAAUUGCUUAUAUCGAGAUUUUUUGUACAUAAUCUUCAGGCGGAGACUGUGAAUGGUUUAAAAUUCGAAGAGGACGUUGUGUUUAGUGGACGGGAGGCGUUUGUUGAAACACCUGUUACCAUGCAUUACUUGAGCAUUGCCGGCGAUUUAAUAGUGGCCGAUAAAAAAAUCGAACGUUUCUCUCCAACUCUUGAUGAACUAGAAUUCAAACAGUUCUACACUAAUAAAGUUGUAAUCAAUGGAACAUUGGUGCUAAACAAUGUGAGGCGGGAUAGAGAGAAUACAACCAAAAUCGAAAUUGAUGGUGAGGUGUUUCAGGAACAGGCCAUUAAGGAGAAAUAUUUGUUAAAGAGUCAUGAACAGCACUUCCCUUUUCCGGUAAUAUUUGACAAUGGAAAAAUUACGGCUCCUAGCUUGAAAACACAGUAUCUGAAUGAACAUCCCACAAACGAGCAUAUGUUAAUUAAUAGCAUUAACAGUUCAAAGCCUUUAUUGAUUGUGUUUAUGAAAUCCCAAGUAGAUGGGGACAUUAUAUGCCGGGAUUACAAAUCCAAAAUUGCCGAAAUUCAAGAAAAUAUUAUAAGACCUGGCGAAAAGGCUAUAAUCACGGGUAAAAAACGAUUUGAAGCUCCUUUGGCAAUAGAAAAUUUGCAAGCCACAACAUUGAAUGAUCUAAAGGUCAGUGAUUUAGUCUUCAAACUAGAGUUGGAAGCUCCCAUAAUAAUUAGAGAUUCAAAGAGAUUCGAAAAAAUUAUAGUAAGAAAUCCCUGCUUUGUGGAAGUUGGCAUUGAUGCUAUGUUUCUGAACAAAUUGCCUUUGGAAGAUCUAUUGAAUUAUGACUAUCACAUGGACUCUAUUGAUGUGCACCACCCUUUGUUGGCUUCCAAUGUGGUUUUUCAUAAAAUCAAUGGCAUACCUUUUGAUGAGUUUUUCACCAAGCUAAAUAUAAAAGAUGACCAUUUGAUAUUGCGCAAGGAUUUGAUAGUGGAGGGCAAUGUUUUAUUUGCUGAACCCUUGGAGUUGCAGUAUAUAAAUGAUCUUGACUGGAAUAUAUAUGUAACAGGUUUAGCACGAAACAAUGAAGAUGCUGUGAUUGAGGGAAAUGUUUGUUUCUAUGGAGAUGUUAGGAUUACCGACACAUUGCAGGCUGUUGAGGUUAAUAAUUACAACUUACAGGAUAUUUUAAAUAAUAUUCUCUUAAAGAGUAAGCCCCAGCUUAUCACAGGUCAAUAUACGUUUGAUAAUUUUGAAGUUACAAAUCUGGAUGUGUUAUCGAUUAACGAUAGGACAUUGGAUGAUUUUGUGGAUGUAUCAAAAAAUUAUACAGAAUUUCGAGGGGAUAUAAUUGCAUCCAAACUGCUUGUAAAGGGGAGUGUCGAAGGCAGUUUAAACGAGCCCAUAGACUUUGCUGCCAUAACGAAGGACGUGCAAGAACUAACGAAAAAACCCUGGAGAAAUCUUAGGGUACUGCAUAAUGUCUCUUGGACCAGUGGUCGUAAAUGGAUGAAUACACAACAAGAGCUUUUGAAAUAUUUGUACAAAUAUGCUGUAAAAUCCAAGGGAAAUCAAGUGAUUAGUGGCAAUGUUAGACUUGUGAGGCCAUUAAUAAAAAACAUAAACACGAGAUUCCAAUUUCCAGCAAAUUUAGAUUUUUCCCUGAUUGAAAAGGAUGCUGUUAAGAAGAAUCAUACAUCAAGGCAGAUAAUAAAAGGUUUCAAAGAUUUUCAACAACCUGCAUAUGUGGAGGAAAUGGAAACUAGAAAGGAUUUAAAGACCAAAACCAUAAAUAAUAUAGAUGUAUUACUAUUCAACAGCUCGCUAUAUCGUUUGUCCAGCAAAGCACCAUUACAAGGCCCCUUGAAGUUCCUGCAGCCCUUACAAAUUGGUCAUAUAUCCUUAAAAGGCUUGCUGAAUGGUUUAAAUACCUCAAUGAUAUAUCAAAUAGGCAAUAAUUCUUCUCUACCUGCAGUUGUGGUAAGCCAGCUAUUUAUCGAUAACAAUGUUGAGGUGAAAAAGAUCAAUCAUAUGGAUAUGGAAUAUUUUCUGGAUAAUCGUGUUACCUUGAAUGGACCACCCUUGGAGAUAUUUGGCCAUUUAACUUUUGAAAAUGUCAUUAUAGAAAAUGCCGUCUUAGUGCAGAACAUUAAUCACAUACCAGUCGAUAAUAUGGUCUUCAAGCACAGUCCUCAUUUGCAGACUAUUACAGGCCAUAAAACUAUAUCGGGUCAAUUGGAGUUGUUUGGCCCAGCCCAUGUUAUGCGCCUCAACAAUAAAGAGCUCAUGGAAACAUAUCGCAAUACUCUUGUCAGCCAUAGAAAUUAUCAAUUCGAUAAUUUAAUAGUUGAGAUGGCUACCUUCGAAAAGGGCUUAAAUAUUCUCAAUUCCAACAUGCAGCUAAGGUCAUUUGAGGGAAUUGAGCAACACGAGGCAAAGGAUCAUUUCAAAGAGUUCUUGAAUACCAUCAACGAUAAACUUAAAACAAAUAUGGGAACUAUCUUCUAUUUGGAUUACGAUACGCAAACAAAAAUAAAAUGGCAAAAUUCUAGUAAUGUUGCAGUUGACAAAAUUGCCUUAAGCGAAUUAGCCCGCAAAUCACUUUGUGAAAAACAAUAUAUAAAAAUUUCCUAUUCAUUAGAAAAUCACGAAAUGUUUUUGGAAAAUAUCACCUCUAAUCGUAUAUCAGCAUUCUUCGAUAAUGUUACUGUUAAAGCGGAAAACUAUUGCAAGUUGAAGCAACGCAAAGUUCGUUCGAAAAUUUCUAUUAACACUGCCAAGGUUUUAAAAGUUUUUGGUAUGAAACGUUUUGUGGAGACUAUUUACAUAGUAUCAGUGAAGGGUCAACAAUAUGUUUUAUUACAUGCCUUAGAUUUACCCAGCCUAAAGCGAAAUGAGGUGCGUGUCUUUAGAAUCGAUAACCGCAAUAACACCAUAGAGGAAUGGCAAGGCCUAACACAGAACAUAGGGGAAAAGUUAAAAGUUUUUCAAACUCCUUCGCUUACCACUUUUGUUACCAAUGGCUUGGUUGAGCAUCAUCCAGCUCUUAGCAUAUAUCGUUUUGAAGAAAGCCUUCAGAAAUUUAAGUUUCUUCAAAUAAUCGAAGGAUUUUACGAUAUAAUAGAAAUGGUGUCUUUGCACAAUGGAAGCUAUGAACAGCUUGUCAUCAGUUGUCACAAGUGUCAGAAAAUAUUUAUCUAUGAUUAUAACUCAGAAGAAGAAAUGCAAUCACCAUCAUCCACUUAUGAAAUAUAUCAAAUAUUAUCAUUUAACUUUAAUAUCGAUAAAGUAUUUAUGUUUUCGGUACAAGAAGAUCAAUAUAUGAUGGUCAUAUCGCAUAAAGAAACCUCAUAUUUUAAUCUUUACAAAUAUACCUACAUUGGUGGAUGGAAAUCUGUAACUCAUGGAUAUUAUCCCAAUCUUCAUAUGUCUAUUCCCCUAUCUCAAACUUGGGAUGGUAAUCAAUCAUUUGAAUUAUCUGAUAAUUCUGAUAGCAUAGGUCUUAUGAUUCUUUGCAAUAUAGAUAAUUGCCAUUUAAUUAAUGCCGUUGUACAAAACUAGAAGGUGGUUUUGAGUUUCUGGUUAAACCCAUGCAAUCGUUGUUUAUUAUAAUCUUGUUUUAAUUAUUACAUUUUCUUUAUGUUUAAGUAUUAAUGAAAUAUUGUUUAAUACUCAAAAAAUUGUAAAUAUCGUCAACAUACUGCCUUAGUCAAUCAAGUUGUUGAAAGUUCACUCCUGGUUGCAAGUUGAAGUAUAAAGUUAUUGUUAAGCAAAAACUAAACUUUUACAUGGCUACAACUUUGUAGAAGUUGGAGCUCAGCCUUAAUAUCGUCAUAACUUUCUUCAGAGAUUUUCACUGACAACAUUUAUUAAAUAAAAUAUCCUAUAUUUUAUUACAAACUCCACAGUUCUUACAAAAGAUUAGCUACACAAUGACGGUAUAGCGAGGAUUUCUUUGUUUUAUGUUAUUUUAUUGUUAAAUUGUUAUAACCUUAAGUUAAAAUGUAAUUGUAUUUAUUUCAUGUACAUAUUUCUAAUUAUAAAUAAAACUUGUUAAUAUUUAAAGUUUUUGUAUA